AUGAACGGCAUUAAUGGUCUUCAUGGCUGGCAAUGGAUCUUUAUUCUAAUUGGUGUUCCAGUAAUUCUACUAGCUAUUAUCACUUUAUUCUUUCUCGAAAAUAUGUCCGAUGCUAUUCGAUGGUUAACUCCUGCAGAAAGAGAAAUUUUAACGAAUAUCUUACGAGAUCCCAUCGACCAAGAAGUUGCACAAUGGCAUCAAGUAUUUCAUGUUUUUAUUGAUCCGAAAAUUUGGCUUUUUGUUAUUGUUACAGUCGGAUGUCUAGCGGUGACAAGAUAUUGGAUAGCAUUUUUUCCAAGUCUUUUUGAAAUUCUUAGUUUCAAAAAUGGUGAACGUCAAUUGAUGUCUAUUCCACCAUAUGUAUUGGCAUGGAUAUGCGCUCUAUUAGCUGUUUUCUCUGUAACAAGAAAGAAAGAACAUGGAUUUCAUGUAACAUUCUUUCUGACAAUCUCUUCAAUUGGAUUCAUUUUGAUGGCAUCAUUGGAAGAGAAUAGUCGUAUUGGAGUUUAUGUUGGCGGAUUUGUUGCAUGUUCUGGAGUAUACUCUGCUUUCCCUGUUCUUAUGGGAUGGUUAGCAAGUUAUGUGAGUGGACAUAUGAAGAGAGCUUUAGCAAUUGGAUUUGUUGUUGGAAUUGGUCAAAUUGGUGGCAUAAUUUUACCUCAUUUAUUUCAUGCUAAUACUGUACCUGUUUUUCGUCAAGCUCAUAUAAUCUGUGCAGUUAUUAUGGCAGUGAGUGCGUUAGCUACAUUAGUUCUUCGAUUUAUUUUGACUAAACAAUUGAAUCAUGACGAUAGCAUACAGCUUCAAACACCAAAUAUAAACAAACAAGUCAGUCAAAUGAAUUUUAGUACUUUUUAUCUUUUAAAUUCUAUUUUUUUUAUCGUUUCAGCAUGUUAG